AUUUCUUUUUCCACGUCACCAAAGCUGUGGGAAUAAAAUAAUCGUUUGGAAAAGAGGGUUUGGUUUCAGACCUUCCCAAAUAAUCAAGUUGAACCAAAUAACUCGUGAGAAGCUAAACCCUAAACGCUACGCAGUGUUCCAAAUCAUGAAUUCCUUCUCCUCGGUUCGAUGUAUUCUUAAAGAAAUCUUUAUAGGAUGGUUGAAGAUCAACAAAAGAGAGAAGAAUGCACAUGAUGAGAAAGACAAGCUUUCUGAAUCACUUGGACGAAUAAACAGUUCAAGUCAAGAUGGAACAGAGUUAGAGAUAUGUGGCAAUGUUAAUUGUGUUGAGGAAGUACAUAGCAGAAAACGAAUUAACCAUUUCCCCAAUAGUUAUGGUCAGAAAAGAAGAACAGCAGACAUGACGGGAACAGCGGCAUCACGGUUGGCGGCCUUUGGGUUUGCUUUGUGUUCAUUGUCACUGAAGUACAGCAAACCAGUUCUCCAAGCACAACCACCUCAUUCACUUUGGCUUUCCAUCAUAGCAAUGUUGAGCUUUACAUUGUUUGCAUGUGCUGCUACUGUUAUGCUUCUUGUUGGAGCAAGGUUCACUCAUAUGCAGAUUAUUGUAAUGCUCAUUGCAUUCUUCAAUAUGGUGUUGGCUUAACAUGUUUUCAGAUUGAUGCACUAGUAGUAUCUUGCUUUUUACAUAAUUUCAUUUGCAAAACAAGUUUGUAACAAAUGUUUGAGUGUGGGACAUAUCACUAUCAGCAGUUAAUGAGAUCUUAAUUAAGAAAGUCUCUCUAUGACAGAUAUAUGUAUUUUGUCUACUGAA